AUGGAUAAGUUUGUCGAUGAGGAGGGACUCAAAGAUACCUUUCCAUAUUUGGAUAAUAUAACAGUAGCGGGGCGAGACCAAGAAGAGCAUGAUGAAAAUGUCCAGACGUUUCACGAAGCUAUCCGUCGAAGGAAUCUUACCCUCAAUGAAACGAAAUCUGUUGAAUCCAAGUCAUCAAUCAAUUUACGUGGAUAUGGUAUUGGACAUGGUGUAAUUACUCCCGAUCCAGAAAGGCUACGCCCCCUCCAAGAGUUUCCACCACCAGAGAGUGCCCGAACCCUUCAGAGAGUAGUUGGUAUGUUCGCCUAUUAUGCAAAAUGGAUACCCCAUUUUUCUGACAAGAUCAAACCUUUGAUGAAGGCUGUAACAUUCCCACUGGAUUCGGACGCUCUAGCUGCAUUCAAUACUCUCAAGAAAGAAUUUGGGAACGCAGCUCUUCAACACGUAGAUGAGAGCCUUCCGUUUGUGGUCGAGUGCGAUGCCUCGGAAGUGGCGCUCUCUGCUACGUUAAAUCAGGCUGGCCGACCAGUUGCAUUCAUGACGAGGAUGCUCCAUGGCAGUGAAUUACACUAUCCUGCAGUAGAGAAGGAGGCAAUGGCUAUCGUAGAGGCGGUUCGCAAGUGGCAGCAUUUUCUUGCUCGUCGUCAUUUUACUCUGAAAACGGAUCAACGUUCGUUAGCGUUCAUGUUCGACAGCAGAAAAGGAACCAAGAUAAAGAACAAUAAGAUCCAGGCUUGGCGACUCGAGCUUGGUUCCUUCAGCUAUACAGUGGAAUAUCGGCCUGGAAAGGAUAAUGUUACUCCUGAUUCAUUCACACGCGCAUUCUCUGCCUCGAUAUCAUCAAACAACCUCGAAGAAAUCCGUAUUGGGUCGUGUCAUCCCGGUGUAACUCGAAUGUUACACUUCGUAAAGUCCAAGAACCUUCCAUACUCCACUGAAGAAGUUAAGAAAGUGUGUUCAGCAUGCCGAAGUUGCGCCGAAUUGAAGCCUCAGUUUUAUCGUCCGCAGCAACCCGGAAACCUCAUCAAAGUCACACAGCUUAUGGAGCGACUUAGUAUCGACUUCAAGGGUCCACUACCUACUGCUACUCGUAAUGCAUAUAUACUCACUGUUGUGGAUGAGUACUCCUGUUUCCCAUUUGCAUUUCCUUGUCCAAAUAUGCAAUCCUCAACCGUCAUCAUGUGUCUGAAUCAGUUAUUCACUCUUUGUGGCAUGCCAAACUAUAUUCACUCAGAUCUUGGUAUCUCUUUCCUUUCUCGGGAACUAAAGGACUAUCUAACGAAACGAGGAAUAGCAACGAGUAGAACUACGCCGUACCAUCCAAUUGGCAAUGGUCAAGUUGAGCGAUACAAUGGUAUCAUCUGGAAGGCAGUUCGUCUUGCUCUAAGGUCAGCUAAUCUACCAGAUUCAAGAUGGGAACUCGUACUCGCUGAUGCACUUCACUCGCUUAGAUCACUUCUCUGUACGUCAACUAAUGCAACUCCACAUGAAAGGUUUUUCAACUUUCAUCGUCGUUCAUCAUAUGGCGUGUCCCUGCCAUCAUGGAUGCAACCUGAUCCCGUAUUGUUACGUCGACUUGUUCGAACGAGUAAGAACGAUCCACUUGUGGAUGAAGUGGAGUUAACGGAUGUUAACCCAACCUACGCACGUGUACGUUACGCUGAUGGGAGAGAAUCGUCUGUUUCUCUACGUGAUCUGGCUCCCUGCCCACCUUCUUCCAUCCAGAAUGGAACCCCCUUAGAACCUCAACCUUUGCAAGAACCGUUACCUGCAUCUGAUGGAUUUCCUCCAGCGCAAAACUCUACGACCCCGCAAGUUCCUGAGAUUCAGUCAAAAGCGGAUAACGUUAAAAACGAGUUGUUAACAAAAGAAACUGGUCUAAGGCGUUCUACUCGAGUAAGCAAACCACUAGCUCGUUACGGUUGGUAAGGUUGUGAACUAGUAACUCUAUGAAUUGAAAAAUAUAAAAUUUGAACCUUAUUGUUAGUUAUAGUACUUAUAUAUGACAAUUAUUAUUAAUGUAAAUUAUUUGGAACUUUCUAUUGUUUUAGAACUUUUAGGGAGGAAGAAUGAGAUAAUAACGGUAUUAGUUAUAUGAAGUAGCUGGCUAUUAUUUAUGAGCCCGCAAUAGUUAUGAUUAUAUAAGGCGGUGAUUGACCACCAUUUUGUUAGAUUUGUACUUUAGAGUUUAUACCAAGGUUUUAAGUUUAACAAGACGCUCUACGGAGCGUUAACUCGCUGGGGCUAUACAAAUACGCACAUUACUGUACAUGACCAUGCACCAAUACAUAGCGGAAAAGUCGAAAACGAGCGCGAAAGGCUUAACACAGUACUAAAAUGCGGUAAGCCCUACCCUACACUACAAGUAAAGUUAUAUUCAACCUCGCAGCACAGGCUGAGAGACCUGACUUGCAAGGUUGAGUUAUAUUUAGUACGCUGCAAUCCUUCUUCAAGAACUGUCAGCCGCCAGUUGGUCCGUACGCUAGGCCUAGGAUUAAACUGCGCUUUAAAACGUUCAAAAUAAAAUAUUUUUGAGCUCAAAAUACUAUCAAAAUGAAGACUGGAGAGAGACGAAUCCACUGGUAUACGGCCGAAAAAGAGAAAACCAAUGAUACCAAAGUUAUCAAGGAUAAAACGUACUGUAUUUUUAUAAUUAGUUUAAUUAAUAAUUUUGAGCGAUUUAUCAAGAACACAAUUUCGCUUGAUUUUCAAAGACAAAGGCCAUAAAUCCGCUAGAAUACGGUUGUUUAGUAAUACAUUUGACAUCCGUAAUUAGUACAAUUUCUAACGCUGAAUGGAACGGUGGAUAUAUGCAUUAUCAAAACACUAAUGCAUUACAAAACACUAUGAAACGUACUGCGAGCUAUUUGUCAACAAUUACGUAAACAAUACAAUUUGACCAAUUUCGCUUGAUUUUCAAAGGCCAUAAAUCGCUAGAAUACUGCUGUUUUGUAAUACAUUUGACAUCCGUGAGUACAAUUUCUUACGCUGAAUCGAACGGUGGUAUUUUUAUCCUUAUUGCGCCAUUAGGCAUUACAAAUACAAUCUUGAACGUUUGUAGCGCGAGUGAUUUCUUAACAAUAGUAUACGUACUGCGAACGAUUUAUCAACAAAUACAAUGUCGCUUGAUUUUCAAAGGCCAUAAAUCGCUAGAAUACUGGUGUUUUGUAAUACACUUGACAUCCGUAAGUACAAUUUCUUACGCUGAAUCGAACGGUGUUGCUUCGGUUCUCUAUAAAACUUUAUAAACUUACUUGCGAUUUGCGAAGGUUGCUGUUUCUAUGCGAAAUUCCUUGUAAAAUUGUUCAAUUUUCCCGAAUUUUCCUCAAAAUGCAAGGUUAUUUAUGGAUAAUUUGGGUAAAAUUGGCAGAAGCCUUAUGGAUAAUUGGGGGAAAAAUUAGGCAACUCAUUAAUAUUCUAUUUUGUGGCUAUCAACGACGAUCGGAAAUCUGACAUCUGACAUCCGACAUCCACCACGCGUGCCGAAACCUAUACUCGCCAGGGCACAGUGCCCCGGCGAGUAAUAAAGCCUGAUUUUAUUUGCUUGACAAUUAUGGUUUCGACAAUGGUUACAGUUUUGUUACACUACAAAAUCUUUCAAAGCCUUUUAUUGGGGGUAAGGUGAAGGUUUACCCCUCUACUCUAGUAUAUGACACUGUUUUAGAAUCUGUUAUAAAUUCUAAAUGAUAGAUGUAAAUACCCUUAAAGAAUAGUUUAACCAUUAAGGGGGCAAGGACAUACUGUAGAUAGUACUACAAAGCCUAAUGGCUUUAAUUAAUGUGUAUAACAUUUUGGAAUUAGCCUAUAGCCCUUGCCUUUCAAUAGGUUAACCCAUUUGUGAGUGGCAGCACUCUCCCCCUGACAAGUAAAAUAGUCUGGCAUUAGACAGAUCGAAAAUAAUAAAGUAGGGCACAUGAGCACACAUUGCCACUUAAUUAAAGGGUUUUAAACUGCACAAAACUACCCUAGUCAAUGUCAGGCAAAGUCUGACAGAAUAAGACUUUUUGGUAAAACUAAAAUAUCUCAACACGUAUUGUAAUAAAUACGGAUGAACUUUAAAAUUCCUCUAAAUGGUUCUUAAUAGAUGGCUGUUUCAUACAAUUAAAUAUUGGCUAUUGUUCAAGUAAAUUUAGAAUAGAGUCACAGAUACAGAGUACGGCAGAACUAUAGUAAACGAAAAAUAUAGUACAUGCUGCAAAAGCCUCGAGCAAAAUUACGUUUACAAACAAGCAAAACUCAUAUAUUUGAUAUCAUAUACCGCAUGACAUAAUAUAUUUACCCUUGCCCAUGAGAAAAAACAACAAUAAAAGUAAAAAGUAAAGAUCGUGACCACCCAUCACUCCGAAUUUAAUGAGAAACACGUGAUUUAUGGAGAAACACGUGCAUUGCUUCUAUAGCUCGUAUUCUAGCGCGUUCCGAAUGGGGUUUCGGGUGUUCCAGGUGGGGUUCCGGCUUUUACAGACACCCGUCCAGUCCUGCCAGACCGCUUUCAACCAAAAUUUGGUGCUUUUGUUCGUAUUUUCAUUUAGUUCUUUUGCUAAAGCAAAAGUUGGUGCUUUUGUUUGUAUUUUCAUCUAGUUCCUCUAGGGCAACUUCAUUUCACAUUUGUGUUUAAAAAACCUUUCCUUUUUUUUGUUUGUUUUGUUUGUUCAACAUCCAGUAAUUUUGUCAUGCUAAUAAUAAACAGUGAAAUAACAUGCAUAUAACUCUUGAACAAAAAUGUUUCACACAGUAUUAAUAUGAUAUUCAUAAUUUUGUUCCUAUUGUCCUUUAAUUAAAAUCAUAUCAUUAAACCUAGAUACAUUACCCAAGCCAUACCUUCCAAGCCCUGUUCCAUUCUUUACUGGCCGAGAAGAUGAAAUUGAAGAAAUUACAAACCUUAUAACUGGUCAAUCAACACGACUGUUAAACAUCUGGGGAUCUCCUGGAUUUGGUAAAACAUCCACAGCUAUUGAAGUAGCACGCCAUCUUUUGUCUCUCAACAGCCAUGUUUAUUUUUUUAAAAUGCAGGAUAUUGGAACAGUAGAUGAAUUUUUAUCUAAAAUUUUAAGUAUUUUCAAGAGUAAUUUAGCAGAUCUUAGUCUAAGACCUAUAGAUAAGGUAGUAAGUAUUUUUAGAGAAAUUUCGUCUCGAAUUUUUCUUAUAUUUGACAACCUUGAUGACCUUUUGUCGAGUGAAAGCAGUUCCGUUAAGCUUAUGCGUUUAUUUGAAGAAUUGUUAGACAGUAAUGACAACAUUAAAAUAGUUUUUACAGCGAGAGAGCUUUUAGAAAAUAUGUGUGAUCAAGUAGAAGGUUUUCAAGACAUCCGAAUUCGACCCCUUCAUCCAGUUUCAUCUGUUAAAUUUGUUCGUCUACUUCUCCCUUCAUUUUCUGAAAGUGUUGUCGCAAAUGUGGCUAGAAUUUCUUCCCAUGUUCCUCUGGCAAUGAAACUCGUUGCUUCGUUAGUUGAAAGCAACACUGAAGAUAUGGCGAUUGAAAUACUUGAGGAAUUAAGUCUCUCGGGAAAUCUAUUAGAGCAGGUAGACAGUCCAUACAAUAAAAACAUGAAAAGGUUAUUUGGGAUUCCUUUUGAGCAGCUGACAUUAAAUGAUAAACAUGCACUGAUUUCUUUAACCGUCUUUCCACUUGCUAGGAUAAGUAAGGAUGCUGCAAUUGACGUUGUCUCUGGAGAAAUUGAACGUUCGAAAGCCGUACGCAGCCUUAAAAUACUUGUGAAGAAAUCACUAAUUGAUGAAGAUCCCAGUAGAGAAUAUUACUCUAUUCACCCUCUCAUUCAUUCUUUUGUUGUAGAUAAAGCAAAACAAAGUGAUUUUGAGAAUGUUUUCCAAUCCUCUAGAAUUCGUUUCUGUAGGUAUUACUUUCUUCUUUUUGAAAGGAUUAAUGACGAUUUUCUUUCUGGGAAGUCGGUGGACAAUCCCAAACUGCAAGACACAUUGGAGCAUCUGUCGAUUGCCAUUUAUUAUUUUAUGACAAAUACUUGUAAUUUGGAAAUUCAGUCUGAAGAUCUUUUUCGCAUCUUAUCCAAGUCUGAAAUAUUUCUUUCUCUUAUUGGUUUACCCUACGCUGCCUCGUCACAUAUUGGUUGUCUCGUUGAUGAAGUACUAAGUAUUCCUAAAUUAUAUGAUGUUGUUAUAGAAAAAUGCAGAACACAGCAAUGCAAUGACGCUUUCUCAAACUUGCAUGUCAGCAAAUAUUUUCAAAGUAUUGUCCUUUCCUGCAUUUUUCCGCCUGAGUAUUUGGAAAUACCUGAACAUAUACGUGAAGACGUCAUCUUAUUAUCCGACGGUAGUGGAGCAAAAUUAGGCUGUUAUGAGGGAAUUUCGCUUAUUUCUAAAGGAAAUAUCAAGUUUGGUAUUGAAUGUAUUGAAAAACAUCUUGAUGGUUUACAAAAUUGCGCUGAUCAACAACUUAUAAAAUGCUUAUGCCUGCAGCUCCUUGCUCUUUUUUAUACUGAUUUAAAAGAAUGCAGCAAAUCGAACAAGUUCCGUAGAGAGGCUAUCGAGGUUUGCAAAGAAAUUGGUAAUUACAAUCUCUUUGUAAUUGGUGAUUGUGAGGAAACUUUGUCUAUGACGCAAAAGGAAUAUAAAGGCGAGCAAUUAAUAUUGUUUGUCUAUCUUUUAUUUAUGUGGUCAAAGCAAAUAUUAAGUAAAGACACACAACUCUGCUUUUUAAACCUUGUUCAUCAAUUAGAGCAGCAGCUAGAAAAUAAGGCAUACAAUGCUCCACAAUAUUUAUUUCGGGUAUUCACAUACGGUGACGUUCUUUUAGCUGGUCUUGGUGUUUGUGUAGGACAAGAAGUUCUUCUGGAGGAAAAGAUCAUGUUUCUAAAAAAAGCAGUGAAGUCUGAUGAUUAUUGUUCCUUGAUAGAUAGAACAUUUCCGACUAUAUCGGAGAUGUCUUCGAUUUUGUCUCCUAAGCGACUGCUUAAUUGCUAUAAUUUGCAAUUAAUGCUGAGGGACACUAAUGAAAGUAAACAAGAUCCAAGUGUUGUUGAAACAUGUCGUAACGCACUUGAUCUUUCACUUCAACAAUGUGGUAAACAACAUUGCAAUACCGCGUUCUGUUACCUCAAAAUGGGCUUGGCUGAGCAUAAUGCUGAGAAUUAUAUUUCUGCUUGUAAUGCAUUUAACCAGGCUCUUGAAAUUAUGACAGCCGCUCAUGACGGGAGCAGCCGCAGUAAUGCUGAUUUAGCCGAUGUUUAUAUAGGGAGAGGAAAGACGUAUAAAUGCCUAAACAAACAUGAAUCCGCUAUUGCAUCUUUUGAAGAAGCACUUAGAAUAAAAAGGAAAAUGUGCGAUGAAGGUACUGAAGAAAUCGCUCGAACCUUAGUUUUGCUAGGGAAUUCGCAAUGGCAUUUCAACGAUUUAUCUUCUGGUCUUGCAACACUUGAACAGGCUCUGCAAAUAAGGGAAAAAUUGUAUGCUGAGAAGCCAAGCUCCAAAGGGUAUUUAAAUCUAUUCGAAUGUUACUUUAUCAUUGGACAUUUGCAUUGCGACCUUGGCAACAACGCUGAAAGUAUAAAAUGUUUUAAAACUGCACUUGAAGUGAGAACAGAUUGCGAUCCAGAACGUUCAUAUGCACAAAGUCUUAUUUCUAUGGAACUUCUAAACUUGAAAAUAGAGGAAAAAGUGUACGUAGAAUUGUUGAAAAGUUGUUUACCAGUGAUCAAGGAAAAGUGUAGGUAUUUAUUACCUAUACUGUAUUUGAGAUUAGGUUCACAACAUGUUUUGUCAGGAAAGUAUAAAGCUGGUCUAGCGUUUUUUAAAGAAGCUCUUGACAUUGAGUUAGAGAUCACACUGAGAAGCAAUCUUGGUGAUCGGUGGACGACGAUUGCAUGCUACAUGCUAAUGUUUGAAACCUUUUUUAAGAUCGAAAAAUUUAAAUUAGCGGGAAAGGCCAUUGAGAGAGCUAUGCAAAUAGCAGAAUCACUUCCUGAAGGUACACAACAUGUUUGGAUAUUUCGAUGUUAUACCUCCAAGGGUCGCAUGCAAAAUAAAAUGCGGGAAUAUAUAGUGGCAAUUGAUUCCCUUAAACACGCACUUCUGCAACUUCCAAAAAUUUCUCACGAAUCCUGUGAUAAAUUCGAAGAAUUUGAGUGUCAUCGUGCGAUAGCAACAGCUUAUUUCUCUCUUGAAUUGUAUAAAGAUGCGCUUACGUCGUUUUAUGAUGCAUUGUCUGUCAUUAAAGGUCUUUUUCCGGAGGGAAGCGAGAGUGAAGCUCAAGUAUAUCUUCUUGUAGCCAAAGUCGCACAAAAAAUGGAAAACAAAACUUUAGAAUUGAGUAAUUUGCGCUUGGCGUACAAAAUGUUUUCAAAAGUUUUAGGGAAAACCCACUCCCAGACAGAGGUAAUCUAUAUUGCAUAUGCCAGGGCUCUUAUAGGUCUGGGUCAACCGCCGUAUAAUCGUCAUACAAACUAAAAUCCUAAACAUUCUUGUCUAGACUGUCAACAGUGUAUAUAUUGUGAGAGAUAGCCGAUUGUUCAUUAAUUUAAGUUCAUUGCUGCACUUUGUUAAUAUUCGUAGAGGUUUGCACUUGUACUGUUUUUUAGACUUGCUUGUUGAUCACUUCGGAGAGUAUUCGUACUAUUUCCAGCAGGAAUUAG